AUGAUAAUUGCAAAUACUUUCAUUUAUCCAUCAGGUUUAACCGAAAGUAGUUGUACAAAUGGAAAGGCAUGGACAACGUGGUUCAAUGUAGGACAUCCUAGCAGUACUUCAGGUGAUCGGGAAGUAAUAGCAAUAAUUAAACAAAUGUAUCCAAAUCAAAUGUGUUUGGCACCGUCUAUAAUUCAGGGUAGAGCAACGAAUACUUUCAGUGGAGAUGUUCAACUAUCUCUUCAAGCCGAUCAAAAUGGAGCAAUAACAGAAUUUUCAAGCACAACACCAAUGAUUGAUUUUGAAGCUCGUUAUUGUUGUCCAACAGAUUCAUUUGAGCAAACAACAACGACCACAGCAGCUCCACGACCCAUUGAUAGUACUACAUGUGGACGAUCAGAAAUAAGUCCAUUGCCAAACACACGUAUUUUCGGUGGAACACAUGCUAUCCCUAAUUCAUGGCCGUUUAUCGUGCUAUACGAAGAACGAAAGCCGUGUGAUUUUAAUCCAGCCUACGUUUGUACCGGUAGUUGUGGUGGAAGUUUAAUUGAUGCUCGUCAUGUUUUAACAGCUGCACAUUGCGUCAAUACACGGGAUCCAUCAUCAAUCACAAUAACCGCUGGUAUUCAUAAUAAAAUGAUUCAUGAAGAGACGAGACAAGUCAUGCAAGUUGAAAAAAUAUUUGUUCAUUCUGGAUAUAACAAUGUAUCUCAUCCAGAUGAUAUAGCUAUAGUGCGUUUGUCCAAACCAGUUACAACUAAUAAAUAUGUGAAUACAAUCUGUUUACCAGGACCGGAACCAGAAAUUAAUGAGGAUGUAGCAAUCGCAGGAUGGGGAUCUGAAGCAUUGGGUGGUCAAGUGUAUCAUCAACUGAAACAAGCUUGGAUGAAAGUUGUAGGUGAAUGCGAAAGAUGGUGGAGAAUCGAUAAUUCAAAACAAAUGUGUAUUGCAAAUCCUACAGAAGGUCAUUCAGCUUGUCAAGGUGAUUCCGGCGGACCGGUCAUGACAAAACGAAACGGUCAAUGGAUUGCUUCGGGUGUUGCCAGCUAUGUGGCUGAUUGUAAGACUCAUGGUACUUUGGCGCCAAACGUCUAUACAAGAGUGUCAGCCUAUCUUCCAUGGAUCAAAAAUAUAAUCGAUAAUCAAUGA